AUGGUCUCUGUCGUAUACUGUGUUUCUGGAAAGUACGGUACUAACUGUGAACAGAACUGUUCAGGAAAUUGUAAGGACACAUGUAAACGGGACACAGGAUCCUGUACAGAAUGCGUUGCUGGAAAGUACAGUAAUGCAUGUGAUAAGGACUGUCCUAAACAUUGUAAUGAGACGUUGUGUAGAAGGGGCUCAGGAGACUGUAUAGAUUGUGUUCCCCAGAAGCACGGGGACAAAUGUGAACUGAAUUGUUCUAGAAAUUGCCUGAAUAGUUUAUGCGAGAAAGAUAACGGGAACUGUCAUGACUGUUCUCAUGGAAAGUACGGUGCUAACUGUGUUCAGAACUGUUCAGGAAAUUGUAAGGACACAUGUGAACGGGACACAGGGUCCUGUACAGAAUGCGUUACUGGAAAGUACGGCAAUGCAUGUGAUCAGGACUGUCCUAUAAAUUGUAAUGAGACGUCGUGUAGAAGGAACUCAGGACACUGUAUAGGUUGUAACAUGGGAUUUUACGGUACAAACUGUUCGAUGAAAUGCAAUAGCAGUUGCGUUAAAUGUGAUCAACAGAGCGGGGAAUGCACGGAAUGUAAGGCGGGUUUAUACGGAUUGAAGUGCAACAUGACCUGCGGCCAUUGUAGUAGUUGUAUGCAUGACACUGGUGCUUGCGCGACCGAAUGUGAACCUGGCUACAAAGGGAAAUUCUGCAAUACAAAACAAGCCCAACAAUCCGAAAGUCCACCACCAGUAGACGUUGGACCAAUAGUAGGAGCUAUUGCAGGGGUGAUUGUUGUAGCUGUCAUCGCUAUUGUUAUUGUCAUCAUCAUCAGAAGACGUCGCUUGAGUGCUGGUAAACAGGAAUCCUUUACUGAUAUCGGCCUUUCCAAUGUACACAAGAAGAACAUAAACAACACACCGCAAGACUCAUCUGGCAAAUCUGGGGUUACAGAGAGAAACGACUACAGUAAUCCAUUAGAUCCAGACGAGUCACACGAGGACACAGCCAAUGUUUAUGUUAACACUGAGGAGGUAGGAAGAGAAGCCGGAUCUAGUGGUAGCGUCUACUAUAAUACCGGUCCUGUUGGAUUUCCUGUCUCCAGCCUCAAAUCUCUUGCCCAAACAAAACUGAAAAACAAGGCCAAGGCUUUCGAGAACGAAUACAAGUCUAUACCGUCUGGAGCUUUACAUGCACAUACCAUUGGAAUGUUACAACAAAACAAAGCAAAGAACAGAUUUAAAACCACGUUUCCCUAUGAUCAUUCCCGUGUGAUACUUGAUACAGUUGACAAAGAUCCACACUCCGAUUACAUCAACGCCAACUACAUCGAUAGUGUUAGAAAAACUGCGGAAUACGUAGCAACACAAGGACCGAGGCCUGGCACUGUGAAUGAUUUCUGGCGAAUGAUUUGGCAGCUGCGGACUGGAAAAAUUGUCAUGUUGACAAAUAUCAUCGAAGGAGGAAGACCGAAGUGCGACAAGUAUUGGCCAGAUGAGGGAGAACCUUUGACUACGGCAAAUUUCAGCAUCACUAUGGACAGGGAAAGGUCGUAUGCCUUCUACGUCAUCCGUGACCUUACAGUAACAGAAAAGAAGACGAAGUCAGUACGUCAGAUACAUCAGUUCCAUUACACCACGUGGCCCGACCACGGGACUCCAGACCCAAACGAACUCGUUGUCUUCCACCGCCGCGUGAUGAACUACCAGACCGUCUUGGCAGGGAAAAUGGUUGUUCACUGCAGUGCUGGCAUAGGCAGAACAGGAACAUUCAUUGCCCUGGAUGCUCUCCUGGAAUACGGGAAGGAGUCCGGACACAUUGACGUAAAGCAAUACAUCAAAACCAUGCGGAAGGAUAGGAUCAAUAUGGUUCAAACUGCAGAACAAUACAUAGCUGUACACCAGCUCCUUAUCGAAGCCUUCGAUAUGCCAGACACCCUGAUUCCAAGAAUGAAGUACCACGCGACACUUACUGCUCUCUCAAAUGGCGGCGCAACGAACCAAACAAAGCUGAGGAAGGAAUUCCAGCUGACACAGUCUAUGAAACCAGCUUACAAAGAGACAGACUACCAAGCCGCCUUACUGCCAUCCAACAAGAUGAAGAACAGGACCUUAUCUGUACUAGCAGUUGACAAGUUCAGGGCGUACCUUCGAUCACAGGCUACUGGUAGACCGGAUUAUAUCAAUGCAGUGUCAGUGCCUUCCUAUACAUCCAAAUCUGGGUAUAUCGUCACACAGACUCCUCUGGAGGACACCGUGGUGGAUCUGUUGACGAUGAUAAUGGACCACAGCUGUCAGACAAUAGUCAUCAUCCAGCCGGAAGAGAUUAAUUGGCUUCCAAGUGAAGACGAAGAUAAAUCUAUCGGAGAUUUUACGUUGGAACACAGGGGGAAAUCUUCAACGAUAGCAAAUGUUGAUUUGCUUGAAAUUGCAAUCGAAAACGCGGUGAACAGCUUUAAUUCCACUGUUCGAGUGUUCCACGUGACUGGAUGGGGUAGAGAAUCAUCAGCCCCCAAGGAUUCGUCCAUGUUGCUUCACCUACUGGAACUUGUUGACAGCAGACGCAAAUCGGACGAUACCAAGACAACAAUAGUCAUGUGUCGUGAUGGCUAUUCCCAGAGUGGGCUGUUCUGUUGUAUCAGUAAUGCCCGAGACCAAAUGAAGAGCGACGAAGAAGUAGAUAUCUUUCAGAUUUCACGUCAGCUGCUUGUGCGACGUCCAGCAUUUGUGACCAAUUUUGACCAGUACCAAUCCUGCUACAACAUGAUCAAAGACUUCUUGGAUACCACCGACGUGUACAUGAACUGAUUAAUGAGUACCUGGAAACCAUCAACGUGAACAUAAACUAAUUAAUGAGUACCUGGAUAACGCCGACAUGCACAUGAAGUAAUUAAUGGGUACCUGGAUACCAACGACGUGUACAUGAACUGAUUAAUGAGUACCUGGAUACCACUACCGAUGUGUAUAUACUUUAGCUUCCAUAGCUUGCAGAACGUGACAAUUUUCCUGUGAAUAUCUGAAUCUUUCCAUAUGCUAGCAUUUUUUUCAAUGACGCGACGACAAUUAAUCAAAACAAAUAGCAAGGUUGUUUUCUUCUAUCAUGGAUUUCACUCAUUUCGUUAGAAAGUAAUUAUGUUGUAUAUAUGCAUACUGAUGUUUUACAUAUCACUUUUACCAGUGUACGGAUUUUUUUGUUUUCUGUGGGACGUUUUUAUUUGUCAUUUUUUGACUGAUAUUGAAUCUCAUUCGUUUUCUUAUUAUUUUACAUUGUUAUAUAUAUUUUUCUAUAUUGCAAACAUACUUUAUUUUGCUUUAAAAAGAUUGAAGGUUUAUUGCAGCGUUACAUUGUUUAUUUGUGUAUUUUUAUUGUUUUUUUUUUUUUUUUUUGCUUUUCUUCCCCAUGCUUAUGCAGCAACACAGCUCUAUAUAUACGGCGGAUCGCUCUGAAUAAGAAUGUUCUACGUAUUCUUGUGCUAAUGUUUUGCUGUUCAUACCCCCUCUCACUGAAAUAAGAAUUUCGUUUUUUCGACACUUGUAUAUUCCAAUGUAGAUUUCUCACUACGGUUAUACAUGUUAACUCGAUGUGAAAUGUAUUAAUUUGAUUUCAUGGAUUGUUUCUUAUUAUUAUAAAUUGCUGGGUGCCAUAUAUUGUUUGACGUAUAUGUCAAAAUAUUGUUAUAUGAAUCUAUUUAAUAUGAAGGUUUUAUCAAGGACAAAGUCUGUGAUAUGUUGCCUUAUUAACAAGACAAACGAAAAUUUAUGAUUUUUAAUUGUCUGCAAUGGCAUAUACAUCGCUGUGUUUAUAGUAUGAAAAAUGUUUUUGGUGUACCUUUUUCAAUUGUUUUUUCAAAAUAAUGAAUUGAUGCUUAUACGGAGACUGACAAUCGCUUCAUCCCAUGUUUAUUGUUAUUAAUAAAGCAAAAUAUGACAAUGUGUACUUAUCAACAAUAUCAAAAUAUCCAAUAUUAAUAUUCUACACAAAGACUAGCAUGAUAUUGCACUGAUAAGUCGCUAUUUGGAAGCUUACUGGAGCAUGAGGAAUGUUGUUAUUUUUCACCUUUUCUAAUCGCCUUUUGUCCAUCGCCAUACGUCGUACGUCGUCCAUUCUUUCUGAAACACAUGAAAUGAAAUUCUGAAUAAACUUCCCGUCACUAGAGACCAUCCAAGUUUCGAAUUGUUGUUGUUCAGAUCCCCUGAGGACCUACGGGGUCAAAAAUAGUUUCCCCUGAGAUGGGAGUAAAAUAGUUACUAUAAAUAAAUGACUGUAAUUUAAUAUAGGAAACUCAUAUUUAACGGCAUCACUUGUUGAUUUGUAAUUGGAAAUAGAUCGACCUAGUUUGAGAUGAUACCUUUAUGGUAUUUACAUUUUGACCCUGACUGACCCCCACGACCUGAUAGGCAGUGAUAAAAUGGAUCAACUAGACUGAAAUAUAUCAAAACCCAGGUGAUCGUUCAGGCCCAUGGACCUCUUGUCAUAAAUGAUGCUGUUUUUUAUUACAAUUAAUAAAGUUGACAAUUCUGAAUUAUUGCAUUUUC